GAUCAUGCACAACCAUCAUUUUACGCCCCUUGUAAUAAAUUUUCUGUUUUUGUUUCUUUGUGGGGAUGUCUUUCCCUUAUGGAGCCCAUGGCUGCCUGUGGGAUCAAGUUCCCAGUUUUUCUCUCUCUCUUCUUUCAUUUAGCUAGAGAGAGCUAGCUAGCUGCUAUUUCUCAUCUUAAGGACAUUUCACAAUAUCACCUGCUGAAGAUGAGGAUUAUUAGAAGAAAACAACGAGAGAAAGCCGGUACCCCCUCCCCCUCCCCUUCAAAUAAUUAAAUAUUAAAAAAACAAAAGCCGAUAGUUUUUUCUUUUUUUUUUUUUUAAAAAAAAGAUAUUUAUAAAAGAAAGCUGAGGUAACCGAAAGUAAUACCUUCCUCCUUUUCCUUCUCUCUCUUCCACCCCUUCCCCCUCUAAUAUCUAUCUAUCUAUCUAUCUUCCCCCUCAGGCCCUCAGACCUAUACUCUCCCUCUCCCCACAACCAAACCUUCGUUCAUUCAUAUUUUCAGAGAAAACUAAGAAAAGAAAAGAGAAAAGAGAAACAAAUUAGUUGGUUUCUUGAAAAAAUUCGAUGAUAGGCAAUAUGGCCACCUCGGCCUCCCCCGUUCUUCCUUCGGAACCUUACUCUUGCUUAGAAAAUGGAAAUAACAACAACAACAAGAGGAAAAGAAGGCCUGCAGGCACCCCAGAUCCGGAUGCAGAGGUGGUGUCUCUGUCCCCAAAAACACUGCUAGAAUCGGACCGGUAUGUGUGCGAGAUCUGCAACCAAGGGUUCCAGAGAGACCAGAACCUGCAGAUGCACAGGCGGCGGCAUAAGGUCCCUUGGAAGCUGCUGAAGAGGGAGACUCCUGUUGUGCGGAAGAGGGUUUUCGUGUGCCCGGAACCCACCUGCCUGCACCACGACCCUUGCCAUGCCCUCGGUGACCUCGUUGGCAUCAAGAAGCACUUCCGAAGGAAGCAUAGCAACCACAAACAGUGGGUUUGUGAAAAAUGCUCCAAGGGCUACGCCGUUCAGUCCGAUUACAAGGCCCAUCUCAAAACCUGUGGCACCCGAGGUCACUCUUGCGAUUGCGGCCGUGUUUUCUCCAGGGUGGAGAGCUUUAUAGAGCACCAAGAUGCUUGCAAUAUGGGGCAUUUGAUCAGGCAAGAAUCCCAAACCAUCCAGCCCGCAUGUUUGUCCAGAACGGCUUCCAGUCCAAGCCCAUCCAGUGACACUAACUUCAGCAGCGCCGCUCCCAAUAAUUGGCCUGCUCUCGUAGCGCCACCCACAUUAAAGCCCGUGGAUGCCAUCUUCUUAGCCCCCACGGACGACUCCAACAACAACACUGUCUCUAAUAACGAUCACAAUUUAGACCUAAAACUGUCAACUGCAUCAAAUGGUGUAGAAGGGCGGGGCAAUAAUAAAGGUUCUUCAACCAAACUCCAGCUCUCCAUCGGGUCGUUUGAUUUUGGGGACAAGAAAAAGAUGGAUCAGAAGAAAGGUGGGGUCCGGGGCGGGGCUGGGGAUGUUAGAGAAGAAGCUCGGGAGGAGCUAAGGGUGGCAAUGGUGGAGAAGGCAUAUGCGGAGGAAGCGAGACAACAGGCAAAGCGGCAAAUAGAAAUUGCAGAGGAAGAAUUCGGGAAUGCAAAGCGGAUGAGGCAACAGGCACAAGCGGAGUUAGAUAAGGCCACAGCUCUUAAACAAGCAGCAAUCAAACAGAUAAAUUCAACCAUUCUUGAAAUCACUUGUCAAGCUUGCCAGAAGCAGUUUCAAGCCAAAACUAAACCGACAACAACGACGACAACAACAACUACUACGACGACAAGUGCAGCCACCGAUCAUGACAAUUACUCCGUAGCAUUCAGUUAUGUCUCCUCCGUCAUUACAACCGAAGGUGAAGUAGAGAAAGAUCAACCAACCAUUAUACCUAAACCGCCCAACAAUUAACCCUACCCGUACCCAACGACCCUUCUCAUAUAUCAUAUAUAUUAUAUUAUAUGGGAUAUGAUUUUUAAUUGUUUCUUUCUUUAAUUUGUCACGAUCGGUGAUAAAUAAUCAUCCUUUAGUAUUAUUUUAUAAUGCUUCUACUAGUCAAUAAAUAUACAGAAAGAGUGGUGUGGUUGUAGGUGGAGGGAUGGAGUGUUGUACCCUUUUGGUAAUUAAUUAUAAUUGGAGAGUUGAAUAUAGAAUGUGACAGUAAGCCAUUUUGUGUGUUUGUUUUGGUUAGAACGAAGUGAAGAAGUUGAUGAAAUUGAGGGCAUAGCGAAGCUAGGGUAUAUAUAUUGAAAUGAGAGAAGGGUAAGGCAGUGAAAUAUGUGGGAUUUUGGAUUUAGUGUUUGGAGUAUAUAUGCAGGUGCAGGUGCAGAGGCGUUGUGUGUUGGUCAUAUCACUGGACUGAUGAAGGAUAUGAUAUGACUCUUUUUUUCCUUUUUUCCUUCUUCUCUUCAGCAAUUAAGAGCGGCACUGACCAAUAUUUAAAACUGAAUAUUAUUACAUUACGUCAGUAAAAAGUAAAUAAGAAAAAGGAGGGAGAAAGAGGAGAGAGGAAUGUGAAUAUGUGUAGGGCAUGGAGUGAGUGAGUGAGUAAAUGUGAAUGGGAUCCCAGGCACAGGCACAGGCACAGGCACAGGCAGCAUGUUUUUCAGUGCCACUGUGGUAAAGGGGUUGUUGAUGGCAUAAUCAGCCUUCAGUCGUCCCUCUCAACUCAACUAGCAGACACCAUUCAUAUUCAUAAUCACCACUUUCUCUCUCCAAACCCACAUCUGAAUCAGCGCCCUUUUUUUCCCUUCUUCUUCUUCAUACUCCAAAUUAAACCCUUGUCCCAAAAAAAAAAAAAAAAAA